AGUGUAGUUAAGCGUCUCGUUUACGCUGAUAGCUGUAUAGACAGCAGACAAGCUUUCCUCUGCAUUUAGUUAAAUAAUACAACGAGAUGACACUAGACGGGAAGGAAUUGGUAUAUGCCAAUCUACCAGAUUAUGAAGAUCCACCAGAAUGGAUACAUCCGCACGAUAGGCCUUACAGUGAAGACUAUAGUAAUGAAAUACACCAGUUCCUGCCAAGACAAUUAAUUCUCCAGCGAAACCAAGUUUCUGAACAGCUUGGAUUCAAUAUCAGGGGAGGUAAAGAACACCAUUGUGGGAUUUAUGUAUCAAAGGUGACGAUGGACAGUGAAGCAGACAAACUCGGACUACAGGAAGCAGAUCAGAUUUUGUCUGUAAACAGAGUUAACUUUGAAGAGAUAGAUCAUGCUGAGGCAGUGAACAUUUUAAAAAGAAACACAUCCAUCAACAUGCAAGUCCGAUAUUUCCCAUAUGGUUAUGAUAGAACUUAUGACAAGAGUCGGUAUUUACUGGCCAACCAUCAGCAGUCUCCAAAUAGUAAUCACUAGUGUCAACUCCUGUACCAACAGAUCAGAUCAUUGGAAUGUUUGCUUGCUGUAGGGGAUGUUAUAGUUAAUUCAAGGGUGUCUUUUACCUAGAUUAAUGUUCCAUCUAGAUCUACAACCCUCACAUCACUGGAAUGUUUGCUUACUACAGUGAAUAUACCUGUGAAUUCAAGUGUGUGAAAAACCAGGAUAAACUGGCCAUCUGACAGUAUAAUGGUUUAAGGUAUAUGCACAGCAAGACUACAGCCAUUUUUUCAUGAAGUUCAAAAAGUUUUACCAGUUCGACUGGAGUUAAUGAAAAAAGGACCGACCUAAUGAUCUCAUUUUGCUGUGAGGCGAAUACCAACAACUAUGUUCAAGGUUCUAUUAACAUAUGCAGGUUCAUCAGUUUUUAUAUCUUCAGAUGUUACAAUUGAAUAUAAAAGUGGUUUGUCCACCCAAACCAACAGGCACUAUAGUUUCCUUCACUGAGACGAGUUUCCUAUUUCUUUAUCAACAUGAUGCAUACUGACACAACAGUUGAUAACAUUUAGUUUUUGCAAGAAAUUAAUAUAAAUAUUUGCCAUGACAUUAUUACUUUGUUACUUUUCAUACAAAAAGUUGUUUUUAAUAUGAUACACAUUUCAUAUCAAAACAUCAUUUGAUACAAUGUACUGUUGUACUUUAUGCAUGCAUAGACUAGCAUUUUUUUCAGUGCACAAAAUAUAUAUACUUACCAGAUUUAUCUACAUUAUAUACCAUUAGUUUUAGUUUGUCAGAUUGAUACAUUGAACUCUAUUGUUAAAGAUUAAUAAAUAGAAAUCUAUUGUUUUUUCAUCAAAUGUCAGAAUUUUAGUUCUUAAAUAGAUUGUAUCAACCUUGUAAUUACAUGCUGUAUUUUGAUAUUCAUCAAACUGAAAACAAAAUAGAUUAUAUUCAAACCAGUAUUAAAGUUUAUUAAUUAGUCCCCCACUAGUUCAGAGGGGACUACUUUCUGUUCUUUCUCACUUUUCUUUUGUUCAGGAUCAUCCUCGAACUCAUAUACUAAGGGGGCCGCGGUGGCCGAGUGGUUAAGGUGUCCCGACACUUUAUCACUAGCCCUCCACCUCUGGGUUGCGAGUUCGAAACCUACGUGGGGCAGUUGCCAGGUACUGACUCUAGGCUGGUGGUUUUCCUCCGGGUACUCCGGCUUUCCUCCACCUUCAAAACCUGGCACGUCCUUAAAUGACCCUGGCUGUUAAUAGGACGUUAUGCAAAAACAACCCCAAAAAUACAAACCUCAUGUACUACAUAUAACUGGUAGUUUAUACAGUAAUUAGGGCAUUGGUUCAUCUAGGUCAUGUAUACCAGAAAUAGGUCACUCUGACCUAUAUUUUGACAUUUGAUCUUCAUUACAGAAUCUGAUGAAGUUUGUCAGGUCUUUAUUCUCUACAUUCUGCUUGUAACUGGAACUUGGAGCAUCGUUUGACCUAGAUGAGGUGGUGUGUCAUGUAUCAAAAUUAGGUCAUUGUGACCUACAUUUUGAUAUUUGAUCUACAUUACAGAUACAGUUUGUCAGGGUUCUAUUUUCUUCAAUCUACUUAUCACUGGAACUUUGUACUUGGGGCAUGGUUCAACAUAUAUGAGGUGGUGUGUCAUGUAUCAAAAGUAGGUCACUUUGACCUACAUUUUGAAUUUUGACCUACAUCAAAGAAAAGGUCUGUCUGUUCAUAGGAUAUGAUUUACAUUUGACGGGGAACUGUGAUUUGCCAGCUAUUCUUGUUUACAUUAAUCUUGUUUUUUUUUUCAAUUAAUUACACCAGAUGUAUCAUUCAGGAUAUAAAAUAGGCAUUGAUUAAAAUAAAGCAUGCACAUGUACAAGAAGCAGAUUGGAGCAGACUUCAAAAAUGUCAUUAUUGGUUUAAUACAUUACAAAGUUAAUUGUUAAUCAAUAGUAAUAAUCGUUAAUCACAA